GAAGGUCAGCGCGGAUAAGCGAAAAUCUCGGAUAAUCUAAUUAAAAUGUAAUUAGGUUAUGCAAUACAGCCAGGACUCGCGGGGCAAUUCUGGUCCGUGUCUUUGUUCCGUUCGUUUCUACUUUCAAUACCUGCGUAGUUUUUAGUUUCACUCCUUUCUUGUUCCUUCCCAAAUUAAUUUUACACUUCAAGGGCUAGGUCCUCCCCCCCCCCCCCCUUAAAGUUUAAUUUUCAAAUUGAGAACCCGGUUACGUGAGAAUGCCCGGUUGAACGGGUCUCGGAUGAUCGAGGUAUAGUUGGCCGCUGGAAGCCGUGUCCAGGGCCGCAACUAGAGUCACUGGCAUCCGGGGCAUCAAUGGAUCCAUGCGCUCCCCCCCACCCCCUUCUAUCUUUUUUUGCACAUACCACACCGAUAAAGUCCGGGGGGGGGGGGGGGUCUGGGGGCCCUCCCACAGGAAAAAAAAAUGGUGCUAUGUUGUGACGUUAUAUUGUAAAAUCAGAUUAGACAUUCCUGGCGUGCAAGUUAAAAAAAACUUUUUACCAGUAGUUGUAAUAGGAAGGAAUUAUUGAAAUGCAAAAGCGAUUUCGGGCGCCCCCCGGCAGCUAUUGCGCCCGGGGCGUAUGCCCCGCUUGCCCCCCCCCCCCUCCUAGUUGCGUCCCUGGCCCGUGUACGGCCCGCCGCAGGUGUAUUUGUAACGGUGUGACGUGGACGUGAAGAUCGAGGCCCCGCGGAUGUGCAUCUCGAGGGCGCCGUGGCGCGGGCUGGCGCGGAUCUGCGCCGACGCCGAGGGCCGCCUGGCCAUGCUGCAGGACGGAGGCGCGGGCCACCGCAUCCCCUGCAACGGCAGCGCCGACGUGUCGCAGCUGGGGCGCGAGCUGGACGACCGCAACGGCUACCACGUGGUCGUCAAGUCGGCCGUCGAGUUCAACUACAGCGCCAUGGUGUUCCCGAACGUGAUCUGGGUCCAGCGGCCGGCGUGGGAGAUCGCGGCCAAGAGCCUGGCCGUGGUGCCGCUGGUGAUCUGCGGCGUGCUGUUCAACGUGAUGCUGCUGAGCGUGGUGUGCAAGACGAGGCAGCUGCACACCCCCUCCAACCUGCUCAUCGCCAACAUGGCCGUCGCGGACAUCGCCACGCUGCUCCUCUGCCCCUGGAUGCUGCUGUGCGCCGAUCUCUUCCAGAACUACGUGCUGGGCGAGUUCGGCUGCAAGUCGCACGGCUUCUUCGAGUGCUUCCUGCUGCUGACGGGCGUGCUGAACCUGGUGGUGAUCAGCUACGACCGGCUGAUGGCCGUCGUGCAGCCCUUGGAGGCGCGGCUCACCGUGCGCGCCACCUGCUACAUCAUGGCGGCCACGUGGCUGACGGGCGUGGCGCUGGGCGCGCCGCUCGUCUUCUACCGCAACUACCUGGAAAGGAAGUGGCUCAAUUUCUUCGAGACUUAUUGCUCCGAAAACCCGUCCAUCUACAUGUACUGGUACAUCGUGAUCACGCUCAUCAUCUGGAUGCCCUUGUCCGUCAUGACUGUCUGCUACAUCGCCAUAUUCGUCGAGCUGGAGCGCUACGAGCAGCGCUUCCAGCGGCGCGGCGAGCAGGCAGCCUGCCUGGGGCAGAAGACACGCGUCGCGCGCAUCAUGUUCGCCGUUGUGGUGGUGUUCAUCGUGUGCCGCGUGCCCUUCACGGCGCUCGUCAUCCGCCGCACCGAGAUCCUGCGCAGCGCCAACAUGGACACGGUGGACAGCACGUUCCAGAUCCUGUGGUUCACCUCCAAGUACCUGAUGCUGGCCAACUCGGCGGUGAACCCGGUCAUCUACGGCAUGACGAACCGCAACCUGCAGCGCGGCUUCGCCAAGCUGCCGCUGUCGCGCUGGCUGCUGCGGCCCGCCUCGCAGGCCACGGCCGGGUUCUCGCCGCAGCCGCCAGGGGCGCAGCAGCAGCAGCAGCAGCAGCGCCGGGGCGCCGCCGGGACGCCUCGUCUGCUGCGCGAGGACGGCGCGCCCAAGUGCUGGUUCGUGGCGCCGCAGCGCCGCGACGCCAAGCCGCUGCCCACCGAGUGCCUCUACAUAUAGCCCGUCACCGGCAUUUUCAGCCGGUCACAUGGGGAACCACAACAGCAACAGUCCCUUAAAUAUCUAGUGUAACGUGUUCUGACGUCUUAAAAAUUCAUUAUCAAAACUACUUUUUAAGAUUAUUAUGUUUUAAAAAAUUAAAUUUAAAAUAAUACAUGUUUACUUACAAUAAUUGAACCUACUACAAAAGUCAA